UAUCUAUGAAACUUGUCUAUGAUUCAAAAACAUGCCAAAAACGAACAAAACAAACAAAAACAAAUCAACAGAAUCCAUGUGUCUAAUAAAAGUAUAAAAGCUCACGAUCAGUUAUAUCCAGAUUAUCUAUGAUCCAGAUUCAGUCAUAUUAAUUUAACAUGUAUGCAAUAGUUGGUUAAUUCCACAAAAAGGAGAAGGUAUUAAUUUUAACGUCAUGUCUGUUACUUUACAUACCGAUGUAGGUGAUAUUAAAAUUGAAUUGUUUUGUGAAGCUUGCCCUAAAUCCUGUGAAAAUUUUUUGGCUUUAUGUGCUUCUAAUUAUUAUGAUAACAGCUCAUUUCAUCGUAAUGUGAAAGGUUUUAUAGUGCAAACAGGCGAUCCCACAGGUACAGGAAAAGGAGGAGCUUCGAUUUGGGGAAAAAAAUUUGAAGAUGAAUUUAAAGAACAUCUUAAGCACAAUGCGCGCGGAAUUGUAUCAAUGGCAAAUAAUGGACCGAACACUAAUGGAAGUCAGUUUUUUAUAUCCUACGCUCCUCAACCACAUCUCGACUUGAAAUAUACAAUAUUUGGAAAGGUAAUUGACGGUUUGGAAACACUUGACGAACUUGAAAAGUUACCCGUUAAUCCUAAAAAUUAUAGGCCAGUUGCGGAUACCAGGAUUAACAGCGUCACAAUUCAUGCAAAUCCUUUGGCAGGUUAAGAAGAUAUUAACUGUUUACGUUUAUAUAGUAAUAAAAGUAAUUGUAAUUUA